AUGAGCAGCAACCCAUUGCAUACUACAGCCAGUGGUGGGAAUCUCGGCCCUGUAUUUUUCGGCAUUGAUUGGGCAGUCUUUUCUCUGUCAACCAUGAUCGUUGCCCUGCGCCUCUACACCCGGGUGUUCAUAACGCGCAGUUUUUGGCUGGACGAUACCGCCAUAGCCCUUACUCAGAUGAUCACUGCCGUAGGUAAAGGCUUUGUAGUCACUGAAGCCAGCUAUGGCCGCGGUCAACACCGAAUCGAUCUCUCCGUUGAACACUUCCUCGUGGUCACCCAUCUCACCCUCUUCUUCCUGACCGUCUUCCAAUGCAGCCCUGUGGACAAAGUUUGGAACCCGGCAGAUCCAGGAAAAUGUUUCUCAGAGCAGAUGGUCAUGAACAUACUCAUCGCUCAAUGCGUCUUCUUCUUCAUCACAGACUUCAUCUGCGCCGCCUCCCCAAUCGUCCUACUGCGGAACCUCAAGAUCAAGAAGCAGAGCAAGAUCGCUCUGUGCUGUUUAAUGGGGCUCGGGAUCAUCACCGGAGGCAUCGCUAUCGCUAGGACAGUUACCGCUUGGCAGAUCAAGUCCGAAGACUUGUCUUGGGUUGGGGUAUUUAAUGCCAUGACGAGAAUCUUCGUGGUCAACAUCGGAAACAUCGCUGCCUGCGUACCGGGAUUGAAAACAUUCAGCCGGUACGUGCCCGCGCGUAUCACGGGGCGGGAUCCGUAUGAGAUGCUGCGUCCCGAAGCGAGCCCUUCCUCUUCGCAUCCCAAUUGGUACUCGAAGCGAUUCUGGCUACUGUGUCCUAGUCCUGCGUAUACCAAAUCGGAGCGAGAGCUGCGGCAAGUCCCAGCAGAGGCGAGAGGGGCGCCACCGUGUGUGGCUUAG